AGCUGUGCGUCAUGGCAGCUCACCGCUCAGGCCCGCUGAAGCAGCAGAACAAAGCUCAUAAAAGCGGGCGACAUGGGGGUAGAGGAUCCGCACAGAGGGGCGGCAAAGGUCGUGUAGAACUGAAAGUCCUGUGCAAGAAGGUGAGAAAAGAGUUGAGCCGAAUAGACCAGAGGCAUCGUGCCAGCCAGCUCCGAAAGCAGAAGAAGGAGGCGGUUCUGGCAGAGAAGAGACAGCUGGGCAGCAAGGAUGGGCCUCCUCAUCAGGUGCUUGUGGUGCCUCUGCAUAACAGGAUUUCUAUUCCUGAGGCCUUUGGACUGUUUCAGGAUGGAAACUUGGGAACAGUACACCUGAAUGGAUGCAGAAGCACUGAUAAUUUUAUGCUGCUAUGCUCACGUUUGAAACAUCGGUGGUUCUUCACACAUGCAAGGCCAGGGGAUCUGCACACUGUGUUAGAUAUGGCUAAAGUGGCUGAUACCAUCCUGUUCCUUCUUGAUGCACUAGAAGGCUGGGACAGCACUGGGGAUUACUGCCUUUCCUGCCUUUUUGCUCAGGGUCUUCCCACCUACACACUAGCUGUCCAGGGAGUUUCUGGCCUUCCACCAAAGAAGCAAAUAGAUGUCAGGAAGAAGCUAAAUAAAGCAGUGGAGAAGCGCUUUCCUAAUGACAAACUCCUCUUGUUAGACACCCAACAGGAGGCAGGGAUGCUGCUUAGGCAGUUGGCUAACCAAAAGCAAAGGCAUCUUUCUUUUCGAGAUCGAAGGGCCUACCUGUUUGCCCAUGCUGCUGAUUUUGUGCCUAGCAAAGAGAAUGACUUAGUGGGAACCUUGAAAAUCUCAGGCUAUGUUCGUGGGAAGACUAUGAAUGUAAAUAGCUUGCUGCAUAUUGUUGGACAUGGUGAUUUCCAAAUGAAACAGAUAGAUGCUCCUAUGGACCCUUUUCCUCUAAAUACUAGAGUGAUUAAAUCCCAAAAGGACUCAAGCAUGACAAUGGAGACUUAUGCCACAGAUGAUACAACUGAUAUGGAAGAAGACCUUAAGGUCCUAGUAAAGGCAGACCCUGAUAGACAGCAGUCUUUGCAAACAGAGGUUAUCCCAGAUCCAAUGGAAGGGGAGCAAACCUGGCCCACUGAGGAAGAGCUGAAUGAGGCAAAUGACUUUAUGAAGCAAGGUUCUAAGGUGGUAAAGAAGGUUCCCAAAGGAACAUCCAGUUACCAAGCUGAAUGGAUUUUGGAUGAAGGUGAUGAAAGUGGUGGGGAAGGAGGUGAAUAUGAUGAUUUAGAACAUGAGGAUUUUAUGGAAGAGGAAUCUCAGGAUGAGAAUGGUGAAGAGGAAGAAGAGGAGGAAUGUGAAACUAUGACUAUAGGGGAGUCUAUGCGUGAUGAUCUGUAUGAUGAGAGAGUAGAUGAAGAAGCUGAGGAAAAAAUGUUGGAGAAAUAUAAACAAGAAAGACUAGAAGAGAUGUUUCCAGAUGAAAUGGACACUCCUCGUGAUGUGGCUGCUAGAAUUCGCUUUCAAAAAUAUAGAGGCCUCAAGAGUUUCCGGACAUCUCCCUGGGAUCCUAAGGAAAACCUUCCUCGAGAUUAUGCUCGGAUCUUUCAGUUUCAGAACUUCACUAAUACUAGGAAAAGCAUCUUUAAAGAGAUUGAGGAAAAAGAAGCUGAAGGAGCUGAGGUUGGAUGGUAUGUCACACUUCAUGUCUCUGAAGUCCCUGUCUCAGUGGUUGAGUACUUCAAGCGAGGAGCACCCUUGAUUGCAUUUUCUUUGCUACCUCAUGAACAGAAGAUGUCAGUAUUGAACAUGGUGGUGAGUCGGAAUCCUGGCAACACUGAACCUGUGAAAGCCAAAGAGGAACUGAUCUUCCACUGUGGAUUCAGGCGCUUCCGAGCCUCACCUUUAUUCUCUCAGCACACUGCAGCGGAUAAACAUAAAUUUCAGAGAUUCCUGACUGCUGAUGCGGCCUUAGUGGUGACAGUGUAUGCACCAAUCACUUUUCCUCCUGCAUCUGUGCUGCUUUUCAAGCAGAAAAGCAAUGGAAUGCACAGUCUUAUUGCUACAGGCCAUCUGUUGUCAGUUGACCCGGACAGAAUAGUCAUCAAGAGAGUUGUUUUGAGUGGUCAUCCUUUCAAAAUUUUUACUAAGAUGGCAGUAGUGCGUUACAUGUUCUUUAACAGAGAGGACGUGCUGUGGUUUAAACCAGUGGAACUGAGAACAAAAUGGGGCCGCAGGGGACACAUCAAGGAGCCUUUGGGUACCCAUGGCCACAUGAAGUGCAGCUUUGAUGGGAAAUUAAAAUCUCAGGACACAGUACUGAUGAACCUCUAUAAACGAGUUUUCCCCAAAUGGACUUAUGAUCCGUAUGUUUCAGAACCAGUACCUUGGGUGAAAAGUGACAUUUCUUCAACAGCGCCUGAAGUGGACAUGGAGUAAUGGAGUCAUUGGGAUUCUGUCAUACUGCUUGCCAGUUACCACUCCAAUGAUGGGAGCCUACAGGUUGUGAUCAGGCAGUUUGCAGUUUCUACUUUAGCUAAUUAGUCUGUUGCCUCUGUUUACAAAGGUCUUCUUAACAAGUGUCUUAACUGACAAUUUUUCUGCUGCUUAGUCUAAAAAAUGAUUACAUCUUACUGAAGUAUCUAUUCUCCAUUAAGAUUUGAAAACUUGUUUAAGAGGGGAAGAUGGAAAACAAAAUUUUUACUACCUGGACACUGAAAUCAUACCUCUUCCUUUUGCAUAAAUUAAACAAAAUCAGACCGAUAAGGAGCUGGCCUUUCAGCCUGUUUGACCCAAGUUAGCGAGGUUAAGUCUACAUUUCCACCACUGAGCACAAUACAAAUGUUCUUUACUUCUGGAGAAACUGUUUGGAAAUUCUGAGACAGCACGGCUGCUACUCCAACACCAGCGGUAGGUUCAAUGAGUAGUUUCAUUCUCUCCCACACCAACUGGGUUGCAUACUGUUGGUAUAGAAGGGAGUAAGGAUUAGUGAAACGGGAAAAGAAUCUAGGAAUCCUAGUAGUUAAGUUCUAAAGGCCAGGUGAGGAUAUAUGCCCAGUCUGAAUUUUGUUGCUAUAUACACUUUCAUCCUAAC